CUCUCAGUGGCCGCCGGCGAGGCGGGUUCUGCCGCCGCGGGGUGUUCGUAGCGGUGGUAUUGAGGCCAUGGAGUCGGGUAUAGAGGAGCUGAUGCCGCGACUGCUGCCUGUGGAAGACUGUGAUUUAGCUGAGGACUUCGACCCCACGGUGCCUCCCAGGACACCCCAGGAGUAUCUGAAGCGCGUCCAGAUUGAAGCAGCUCGAUGUCCAGAUGUGGUCGUGGCGCAAAUAGACCCCAGGAAGCUGAGGAAGAAACAAACAGUGAAUGUUUCAAUUUCUGGAUGUCAGCCUGCUCCUGAAGGAUACUCCCCAACGCUCAAGUGGCAGCAGCAGCAAGUGGCCAAUUUCUCAGCUGUUCGUCAGAGCCUGAACAAGCACCGAAAUCACUGGCAGUCACAACAUUUGGACAGCAAUGUUACUAUGCCAAAACCAGAGGAUGAAGAAGGCUGGAAGAAAUUCUGCCUGGGCGAAAGAAUAUACUUGGAAAAUGAUACACAAUCUGAUUAUGAAAGUCUAGGAAUUGAUUACAUAAAGAUUGGCUUUCCCCCUCUUCUAAGUAUUGUAAGCAGAAUGAAUCAGGCAACAGUAACUACUGUAUUGGAAUACCUGAUCAGCUGGUUUGAGGAGAAAAUAUUUACUCCAGAACUGGGUAGAUGGCUUUAUGCACUGUUGGCAUGCCUUGAAAAACCUCUGCUACCUGAAGCUCACUCCCUUAUUCGACAGCUGGCAAGACGAUGCUCAGAAGUCAGAGUACUAGAGGAGACCAAGAAUGAAGAACAAAUAUCAGCUCUGAACUUGAUAAUCUGCUUAGUUAGCAGGUACUUUGAUCAGCGUGACUUGGCUGAUGAGCCUUCCUAGACUGUUCUGAGAAUAUGAAGUAUUUUGUGUUGUCAUAGUACAGACAGCGUUGUCGGAGUUAACAGCAAGACACUGCACUGUUGAGACCUGAAGUACGAUAACCCCUUCAGCUCAGCGCACUCUUACAAUAAUGCACUUGGGACAGCUAUGAAUAACUUCAGCUGAGCUGUAGCACCAGUUGUCAAUGUCUUUGAUAUCAUCAUCAUCACAAAAGGGUCAAUGGAGUGUCUGACAUCAUCUCUCAAGGUACUGUCUCUGUCAACUAUGUUCUUGGUUAAAAAUUUCUACCAUAUGUGUAAUCCUGUGGACACUGCUAUUAAGUGAAAUUUGAGGUUACAUUACAAAUGGGUUGUUCUUUGUCGAACACACACUCAUGAAGUCUUUCUUUUAAAAAACUAAAGCAUUUUGAAGAGUUUUCACAAAUAUUGUGGCUUUUCUCAUUCUCCUGCUAUUCAACAGCAGCCUUAACCAUAGAAAUCUACACAACUAGGACUGAAUGUGUUUUUUCAAGCUCUGGUUCCUGAGCUUAAGCAUGGCUAAGCAGUUCAGCUAUAGCCACUAAGUUCCUUAAACAAUUGAAUAAAACUUGAACACUACUACUUUGGCGUAAUAAUGCUCUUUUUAGUAAACAGUUGCAGAAAUCGGUGAAAUUUACACAGCUGUAGUCAGUGCUUUUAAUAGUAGCAUUUAGUAAACAAUUAACAAAUUUUCUGUAUGGUAUCUUGACAAAUACAUGAGCUUGCCUAUUUAUAUAUUUAACAUGAAGUGCUUCAUUAGGAGUAUCAGCAUCUGCUUGGUAGAUAUGAUUCUCUCUGGUUCUAAUUAUCUUCAGUAAUUAAAACUUCAUGUUAAAAGAACUAUGAAUUCUGUUGACAGCAGCAAUUUGAUAAACAGUGUGAACUGAUACCUGCUUUUGGUUUAUUGUAGAAUUUAAGUCCCUCCCCUUGCUGUUAAUAAUCCUUAACUACAACCAGUUACCAAUAAACCUUUAUGUCUUUGAAUGAUUGGCACUUUUGCAUCUGAAAUAGUAGUCUUAAAUGCCAAGUGAAAAAUCAAACUGUAUUACAGUAACUACUAGACUUUUAAUUCUGGAGAUGUAAGUAGAAAUGAUUCUAUAUGGUCUGUGAUACUGAAUGUCUACUGCACUGCAGAUGCCUCAGGUGAUGACAUUAAGAUGUCCAUCUAUUAUAGUGCAAAUUAUUUCUAGUCUUUUUAGUAACAUUUCCAGCAUGUUGAAAGCAGCAGCUGGCGACUGAAGAACCCAUGAAAUGCGAGAAUACUAGUUAGCUGAUUCUUUACCCCUACCAUUACAAACAAGGCUGAGGAAUGAAGGUAAACAACCACCCCAACCUUCCUAUAAACCACUAGUAAAGAACCCAGCAUUUUCAGUCAAACAGCUGAUCCCCAUUGAGUACCACACCACUUCAAUUACUUUCCUCUAUAAACAGUGGGACAGCACUUUGCUAGUUUGAGUUCUGCUCUACAUGUUUUCUAGGACUGUCAAUUCAUUCAACUACAACUAAUCUGAACUAGCAUUCACGGUACCUGGAAAGAUCUGAAUUUCAUGCAUCUUAAGCUCAAGGGUAACAGACCACUGGUUAUUGCAUUUACAAUCUAUAGUUUGCCAGCUUGUAGCAGCUCCCUAGAAAAGGCUUGGCCCUUUACAAACUUCAGACCUUCCCUAGAGCUUACAGAGGGUCUUGCCUACCAUGAAACCAGACAACACACAUUCUCCCAACACAGAAUGUAGUUACAACAAUCCAAGGUGCUAUCUUAAUACAUUAGCUUUCCUAGUUAGCCUGUUGUAUGCUAGUCUACACAAAGUAGAAACUGCUUCACUAUCACAAGGCAUUCUCACUCUUCUGAAUGAACAGUUAAGUUUAUGUUGUGAUUCAUUUGAAUGUAUAAGGCCUGAACCUGCCAACAGAAAAGUCCUACAGCAGAAUUCAUUAAAAGUUUUAAAAAGAUGUUUUCAUGCUUACCUACAGCAAGAGAUAUACUGUUACGCAAAUCUUCUAACAAGUAGUGUCUAGCAAACCCCUAUGUCCUCAAGAGUCUUGGUGAUGUCUUUAUAGCUUCUUGCAGGCCUAAUCCUCUUCCUGCACAUGCUCAUAACUGAAGUAAGUUGCAGCUAGUAAUUAAAAACAACUAUGUUAAUAGUGAGUUUAUGCAUAAGCCAGUAUAGAUGACCUUAGCCAUAAAACGAUUCUGACACAAAAAAUGGUUAAUUAGAUAGGAGGAACUGUUUAGCAAUGUAGAAAUAAGUUCUCUCCUGCCCUAUAUCAUCCUACAGAGGAAGUAAGCUUCCACUGAACACCACUAAUGAAGGGUUUUGGUUUACUUGCUAAUGGCUUCUUUGGAAUAAUACAAAAGCAAUUGCUGCCUCGUGAUCUGGAGUGAACAGAGGAAGGCAGCAGUUGGGCAUUCAUGUGAGGUGACACAAAACAUUAGUUCUUUAAUGCAGUUUAGUCUUGGUCAGGCUUUUACUCUGUUCUUAAGACAGGCAUGCUGUCUUCCAUAUGUGCUGCUUUGGUAACUGAAAUGUUUUGAUGAAAACUUUUGAUUAGAUUGUUUUUACCAUGUAGACAUGAAUACUUUGGUACAGAAUAAAUUUCAUCCCAAAAUGCAA